ACUGAGCGUUAAAAUACAAGCGAGGGACGUCAAGGUUGGUCAGGUUGAUCGGAAAUUACAAUAUAAAGCGUACUUCGCGCAAGACAUCGCCGUGAUUCAGCGAAUACAAAAGUGCUUUUUGCCGACUAAUAUCCGUUGAACGGCGGAGCUCAUUUUGUCUUCGACUGUCGGUGCGACUAAGUGCGUCUUUAAAAUGACCGUCAAGGCUGUUUGCGUCCUUCAAGGUGAUUCCGUUAAGGGAACUCUUUAUUUCGAGCAACCUGAUGAAGCUCACCCUGUGAAGGUGACCGGAGAGGUUUCUGGCUUAAAGCAAGGUCUGCAUGGCUUCCACGUUCAUGAAUUUGGCGAUAACACCAAUGGUUGCACCAGUGCCGGAGCACAUUUUAAUCCAUUGCGUAAAGAUCACGGUGGGCCAGAAUCUGUAGUUCGUCAUGUUGGUGAUUUGGGAAAUGUUGAAGCUGAUUCCAGUGGUGUGGCAAAGGUUGAAAUAACCGACAAGAUCAUCCAACUUCAAGGACCACAUAGCGUCAUUGGCAGAACUCUUGUGGUACAUGCAGAUCCUGAUGAUUUAGGAAAGGGUGGCCAUGAGUUGUCAAAAACCACUGGAAAUGCAGGAGCUCGUUUGGCAUGCGGUGUUAUUGGAAUAACAAAACUUGACUGAAUUUACCACAAACUUUAAGAAAACAGUUUGUAGAAAUGAGUUGUGGCAAAUAUAGCCAUGAAUUGCCAAAUUGGAGUAGAGAUCCUAUAAAGAAUAUAUCAUUCCUUGUAUCUUUGUAUUAUUUUUGAACAAAUGGUUAGUAUUAAUGUAAAUUACUUUGUUUUCCUUUCAAAGAAUGGUAACUCAGCAUGAAGUGUUGAAUAUUAUAUAUGUAUCAGACUGGUUGGAGCAAUAAACCCUUAAUGGCACGAUUUGAAGUAUA